AUGCCGUCAGCGGCGGCUCCAGCGGUCUUCCACGCACUUCGUCAGUGCGCCACCGGCAGCGGAAAGAGCGGCGCUGCGUCUGGCGGUGAAGUUCCCCACAGCGUCGUGUACACCAAGACGGGCGACAAGGGCACAACAGCGCUUUUCACAGGUGAACGUCGCAAGAAGACGGACGUCGUGUUCGACGCACUGGGCGCUGUGGAUGAGCUGAGCAGCCACGUCGGGCUUGCCCGCGCGAUGCUGCGGGACAUGGCGACGCAGCAGAAGGGCGAGAUUGAGCUGAUGGCGACGCUCGAGGAGAUGCAGCAGGAACUGCUAAACGCGGGCACUGUCGUGGCGACACCUGCGGCGCAGCAGUUCAAGGAGAAAGGCGCCGAACACUCCAUUGUGAAGCUCCUGGAGGGCUACCGAUUCCCGGAGAAGACGAUGGAAAUGGAGAAGAUGAUUGACACGAUGGAUGCGCGUUUGGAGCCGCUCCGUAUUUUCAUUCUGCCCGGCGGGGGUAACAUGGCCUCCGCCCAGCUGCACGUGUGCCGCACUACCUCGCGCGCGGAGCGAUGUAUGAUUGCUGUACGCGAAGCACGCGCUGAACAGUACACGGACCACCUGCGCCAGGCAACUGUUUACGUGAAUCGCCUGAGCGACUUCUUUUUUGUUGCGGCUCGCAGUGUUGCAGAGGAGGACAUUGUGCGGAAGUACGAUUAG